AUGAUGAACGGUUCUCGCUUGACUUUCCUAAUACAGGUUUUCCUGGCGGCCCUGCUGUGUUCCGUAGUCAGAAUUAGAGGGAAUGAAGAUUUGUUCGUGGCUGUGCGAGCGGAUGAUUCGAGUGCCAUUGCACAGGCGAUCGAUGCCGGUGUCGACCUCAAUUCUAUCGGCUCUGGCGGCCAAACACCUCUUAUGCACGCCGUCUUGACCGGAAAGAAGAAAGCUGUCAUUGAGCUUUUGCAAAAAGGCGCCGAUGUAACAAUUGGGGAGAAGGACGGAUACACACCGAUGCACGGAGCGGGGUUUCAAGGCCGUUCCGAGAUUGCUCACGUCUUAGUCAAGCAUGGAUUGGAUCCAUCGGACCGACAUGCGGAUGGAUACACGCCGCUUCAUCGUGCGUGUUGGGGGAGAGAACAGCGUCACACAGAUACCGUACACGUAUUGCUGAUGGCUGGUGUCUCACCUUUGGAAGAAAGCAGUAGCGGACAAUCACCUUUGGAAAUGGCGCACAACAACCCGCCUACGCAAGCAUUGUUACGCAAAUGGAUAGAAAAGGAAGACCACCGAACGGAACUGUAA